AUGUAUGAUGCUCUAUUAAAGUGCAAGGACGAUGAACCAAUUUGUGUGAAUGACUUUGCUCCAGCUGAUUGUCGCCAUCGUUAUGAGUUUGUUCAUAAAAUGAAGGUUCCAUGCAAGGCUAUUCUAUACACUCACUCGGAUAGUGGUCCAGCAAACCUUCAUUUCUUGUGGCAAGUGUCUGAGUUUAUCGAACAGGGGGAACUGUUAAAUGAGGUGCACACAAUUUCUAAAACCAUUGUCAAGGAUCUUCCCAAGUACCAUAGCAGGGCACUUCGAAAAGAGUUCACCGAUUGCUUUGGUAGAGCUACCAACUGUAAAGCUGCGUUUCUUCGUGAGGCCUACCAUAGGCUAACCGGUGAUGCCUCUGCACCUGAGACAAGAAAACAAGCCGAGGUUGAUGAAAGAAUCAACAGAAUCCUAGAUGAAGAAGACACAGACCUGAUAUGGGAUUUAUGCAGUCAAAAUAGUGGUCGGCAUGAACACUAUUCAGUUUUUCUAGAGCAAUGCCAGUCAUACAUUUCCUCUACCAUUGAAACAGCUGUUGAUGAAAGGCGUCACGAUACUGUUGCAGAAGGAGAUGUUAUAACUCACCUUGCUGAUGCCCUUAGUGUGCGAGACUUGCACGAAGAAGUGGUGAAAAAGUGUCGUGAUGGUACACCAAUCCCAAGCAUCCAGUGGUUGAGAAUACAAUUCUGGCCAAGGCGGCCUUGUGCAAAAACUGCUAGCAGAUACACUGGUAAACUGAAAGUAAAGUUUAUGGUACAAGCAUGCCAGGUCCGCGCACACCAUGCAGAUGACCAUUAUGCCUCCGCUUUAUUCCGUUAUGAAAGGGAAUUUGCGCUGAAAUUCCGUGACCAUGUGUCAUGA